AUGGGGCGCCGGGAGCUACUCGUCUUGGGCCUUGCCUGCUGCUUGGCAGUAGCAAGUGCGGCGAAGCUGGGCUCCGUGUACACGGAAGGCGGCUUCGUGGAGGGCGUCAACAAGAAGCUGAGCCUCUUUGGCGACUCUGUCGACAUCUUCAAGGGCAUCCCCUUCGCCGCCGCCCCCAAGGCCCUGGAGAAGCCUGAGCGACACCCCGGCUGGCAAGGGACCCUGAAGGCCAAGGACUUCAAGAAACGGUGCCUGCAGGCCACCCUCACCCAGGACAGCACCUACGGAAAUGAGGACUGCCUCUACCUUAACAUCUGGGUCCCCCAGGGCAGGAAGGAAGUCUCCUAUGACCUGCCCGUCAUGAUCUGGAUCUAUGGAGGUGCAUUCCUCAUGGGGUCUGGCCACGGGGCCAACUUUCUCAGCAACUACCUCUACGACGGGGAGGAGAUCGCCACGCGGGGCAACGUCAUCGUGGUCACUUUCAACUACCGCGUCGGGCCCCUGGGCUUUCUCAGCACCGGGGACGCCAACCUGCCAGGUAACUACGGCCUUUGGGAUCAGCACAUGGCCAUUGCCUGGGUGAAGAGGAACAUUGCGGCCUUCGGAGGGGACCCCGACAACAUCACCCUCUUUGGGGAGUCGGCUGGAGGCGCCAGCGUCUCUCUGCAGACCCUCUCUCCCCACAACAAGGGCCUCAUCAAGCGAGCCAUCAGCCAGAGUGGCGUGGGUCUGUGCCCCUGGGCUAUCCAGGAGAACCCCCUCUUCUGGGCCAAAAAGAUCGCAGAGAAGGUGGGCUGCCCUGUGGAUGACACCAGCAAGAUGGCCGAGUGUCUGAAGCUCACAGAUCCCCGUGCCCUGACGCUGGCCUAUAAGCUGCCCCUGGGAACCACGGAAUACCCCAAGCUGCACUAUCUAUCCUUCGUCCCCGUCAUCGAUGGAGACUUCAUUCCCGAUGACCCCAUCAACCUGUACGCCAACGCUGCGGACAUCGACUACAUAGCAGGCACCAACGACAUGGACGGCCACCUCUUCGUUGGGCUCGACGUGCCAGCCAUCAACAGCAACACACGGGAUGUCACGGAGGAGGACUUCUAUAAGCUGGUCAGCGGACUCACUGUCACCAAGGGACUCAGAGGUGCCAAUGCCACGUACGAGGCGUACACCGAGCCCUGGGCCCAGGACUCGUCCCAGGAGACCAGGAAGAAGACCAUGGUGGACCUGGAGACCGACAUUCUCUUCCUGAUGCCCACGAAGAUGGCCGUGGCCCAGCACAAGAGCAACGCCAAGAGUGCCAACACCUACACCUACCUGUUCUCCCAACCGUCUCGGAUGCCCCUAGUCUACCCCAAGUGGAUGGGGGCUGACCAUGCCGAUGACCUCCAGUAUGUCUUCGGGAAGCCCUUCGCCACCCCCCUGGGCUACCGGGCCCAAGACAGGACUGUCUCCAAGGCCAUGAUCGCCUACUGGACCAACUUUGCCAGAACUGGGGACCCUAACACGGGCCACUCGUCGGUGCCCACAAACUGGGAUCCCUACACCCUGGAAGACGGCAACUACUUGGAGAUCAACAAGCAGAUGGAUAGCAACUCUAUGAAGCUGCACCUGAGGACCAACUAUCUGCAGUUCUGGACCCAGACCUACCAGGCCCUGCCCACGGUGACUGGAGAGGGGGACAGCCUGGUGCCUCCUGUGGACAACUCCGAGGCCAGCCCUGUGCCCCCUGCAGACAACUCCGAGGCCACCACCGAACCCUCCGCGGGUGACUCUGAGGUGGCUCAGAUGCCCGUCGUCAUUGGCUUCUAA